CGGAGGGAGCAUGGCGGACUCGCAGCUCCUUUGCCUGGACGACGCGCACGUGAACGAAUGGAUUGGUGAGAACCACCCGCGGUAUUACUACAGCGAGCCCCGGCGGCGGGCCCUGCAGGCCCUGGUGGGCAAAGGGGAAAAGGCAUACAAGGAGCAGCUGAAGACCGAGAAGUUGCGUGACUUCCUCUCCAGCCGGGAGCGCCAGGCCUUGCGGAGCAGCUGGUGCGCCUACGACGCGCACCUCGACCGCGGCAAGAGUCUCACGGGACCCGCCGGGAAGCCCCUCUCGCUGGCCUAUUGGCCCGAACGCUCCGACACGGAAAUCCCUCCGCUGGACUUGGGCUGGACCCACAACACUUUCUACCGAGGACUCAACCGCUUGGCUCUCUUUACCCACCCCCGUAAGGAAGAAAAUGCGCCUCGCGUCAAGGAAGUGGCGCGCGAAAUGAUCCAGCAAGCGCAGAAGAUCAUUGCAGUUGUUAUGGACCAGUUCACAGACAGGGAUAUCUUCCAGGAUAUUGUAGAUGCAGCAUACAAACGUCGGAUCCCAGUCUACAUUAUCUUGGAUGAAGAAGGCUCUAAGUUUUUCCUGGAGAUGUGCAAAGGCAUGGAGCUCAGUGAUUUCCAGAUACGGAAUAUCCGUGUACGCUCUGUGACAGGAGUUGGUUACUAUACGCCAUCAGGGAAGAUCAAAGGCAAUUUGGCAUCCCGGUUCCUGUUGGUGGAUGGUGAAAAAGUCAUCACUGGUUCCUACAGUUUCACAUGGACCUCAUCCCACAUAGACAGAAACAUUAUUUUGUUCUUGUCAGGACAGAAUGUGGAAAUGUUUGAUAUCGAAUUCCGUGAGCUCUAUGCCAUUUCGGAGGAGAUAGAUCUCUAUAAGGAGCUAAACAUUCCGUGCCCUUUCCGUCAAGAUGCUGGAAAACUGGGAUUUUCCUCUUCCACUGUAGCCCGGAAGAUCAUCAACCCAAAGUAUGGAUUAGUGACGGGGGUUCCCCCAGGGGAAAUGAUGCGCUGGGCUUCCCGCCAGAUGCAGGAGUCACAAGGGAACCCACAGGAGAAGGAAGAAGAAAGCGAGUCAAAAAGACGACUGCAUAUUUUUCUAGAUGAUCUUAUUUCAGUAGAACAGGAGCUGCCAGAAAUUGAGCCUCCGCUCGAGGAUGUGAGCAGUGCGAACCGGAGUCCUCAGAAGUUGUUUUCCCGAUCCCAUCGGGACCUGAGAACUAAAUCCAAAUCCAGAGAGUCCAUUCGUGACCUCAGGAAGGAUGAAGCUGCCAAUGGGGAGACCAGUUCCAAGCAGGGUAAGAGAUUUGGCACUGGACUUUUCAGAAAGGCCAAGCGUCUGCCACACUUGAAUGCUGAUGCAAAUUCUGUUACCAGUGAGACUCUAACAGGAGACGACUUUGUGAUUGUGACAACGCCAAAGGAGGGCCAAGCCACUUUUAGUGUUCGUAGUAGUGGGAACACUUCAGGUAAAGUGAGUCUAAGGUCCCAUACAGGGGAAAGAGCCAAACAGUCACCCUGUGUGGUCUCAUGACUGAGGGGGGGGGUAAACUGCUGGAAAAAACUUGAGAGAAGCAUCUGCUGGAAUAUACAGCUGUGAGCACAUUUCAAGCUUGCCAUCUAAUUUCCUCAAAAUGGUCUGUAUAAUCCCUGCAGUGUCUAGGAUGGAGCUGGAACCUCCCAUUAAUGCACACUGAAUAAAAUGGAUAACCUGGAAGAUCCUGUCUGGAAAAGUAGCAUAAUUAAUUAAAUAACUAUGAAAUUGAUUUUUUAGUUGAACUCCACACUGGCACAGAUACAGGGUGCUAUUUCAGUUUGUCUGGCAACAGACUCAAAAGAACACUGUUGGUUUGUCAACAUUUGUACUACACUUUUACUGGGUUAGCAAUUUAAGUCAAAGACAAAAGAUUCCAAAAACUAUGUGAAACCUAUGCAUUUUGUUACUCUUAAACUUUAUACCACCUCUGUCCCAUCAUUAAAGAUAUCUAGAACGCU